CACCUGGCACAGGUGAGCACAGCACACCCUGCAGAAGGAAAUGCCGCGCAGCGGGGAUCUCCGCGCAACGGGGCUCCCGGCCCCCGCCGCACCAACGGAGCCCACGGUGAACAUCUUCCAGACGCAGGAUCCGAUCACCCCGCAGCCUGGUGCAGAGCCCCCAGCUCCAACGGGGAGCCCGGCCCCCAACCCACCCCGAGACACCUGGGCCGGGCGGCACACCUUCCUGCUCUCCUGCCUGGGCUACUGCGUGGGGCUGGGCAACGUCUGGCGCUUCCCCUACCUGUGCUACCGCAAUGGAGGAGGUGUCUUCCUCAUCCCCUACUUCCUCAUGCUGCUCCUGGUGGGGCUGCCCCUCUUCCUGAUGGAGCUGAGCCUGGGGCAGUACGGGGCCGCGGGGCCCAUCACCGUCUGGAAGUGCUGCCCCAUCCUGCAAGGUGUUGGUGUGGGCAUGAUGGUGGUGUCCUCCCUGGUGUCCAUCUACUACAACGUCAUCAUCGCAUGGGCAUUCUACUACCUGGGCUCGUCCUUCCAGAGCCCCCUGCCCUGGUCCUGCGAUGCCCCCCGGAACGCCGAGCUCUGCCAGAAUGCAUCAGGGAGUGCUACCCAUACCAGUGCCAGUGAGGCUUUCUGGAACGAGCAGGUGCUGGGAGUGACACACAGCUCUGGCCUUGGUGACCCCGGCUCAGUGCAGUGGCUGCUUGCACUGUGUCUGCUGGCAGCCUGGAUCGUGGUCUUCCUGUGCAUGCUGGGGGGCAUCCACAGCUCAGGCAAGGUGGUGUACAUCACGGCCACCUUCCCCUACCUGAUCCUCCUCAUCCUCAUCAUCCGUGGGGCCACGCUGCCCGGCUCCCUCGAUGGCGUCCGCUUUUACCUCUCCUCGGAUUGGAGCAAGCUGCUGAGCGCGCAGGUGUGGAGCGAUGCGGCCUCGCAGAUCUUCUACUCGCUGGGCAUCGGCUUUGGGGGGCUGCUCUCCAUGGCCUCCUACAACAAGUUUGACAACAACGUCGUUCGGGACACCCUGGUCAUCGCCAUCGGGAACUGCUGCACCAGUUUCUUGGCCAGCUUCGCCAUCUUCUCGGUGCUGGGACACAUGGCCUUGAAGAGGGACAUCCCUGUGGGCAGCGUCGCUGAGUCUGGCCCUGGGCUGGCGUUCGUGGCGUACCCUGAGGCGCUCUCCCUGCUGCCUGGUUCCCCGUUCUGGUCCAUCCUCUUCUUCCUGAUGCUCUUCAUGCUGGGAGUGGACACUUUGUUUGGGAACAUCGAGGCCAUCACGACCGCCAUCAUGGAUGAGUUCCCAGCCCUGCGGGAGGGGAAGAGGAAGGUGACGUUCCUGGCUGUGCUCUGCUUCUCCUUCUACCUCCUGGGGCUCCUCCUCGUCACCCAGGUGCGUGGGGCCCAUGCUGGAUGCAUCCUGGGGGUUGUCCUGGGGGCACAGAGGGCCCGCCCCCCUGUAUGGAUCCAAGGUGCUGACCUGCCCACUCAUAGGGUGGCAUCUUCUGGUUCACCCUCAUUGACACCUACAGCACCAGCUUCGGGCUGAUCAUUAUCACCCUCCUCAUGUGCAUCGGCAUCGCCUCCUGCUAUGGCAUUCAGCAGUUCUGCUGGGACAUUGUGACCAUGAUCUGCCGCUGCCCGCCGUGGUACAGCCGUGUGCUGGGCUGCUUCAAGGUGUGCUGG